UUCAAUUUUCUUCUUUCGUUCCUUCUUUUACCUUUUCUUUCGUCCCUGUAAGCAGCAAAGAAACCAUUUUCCAAGUUUCCCAUUCAAACUUGGUUUUCACUCUGCUCAAUGGAGGGCAGAACAAGCUCUGUGCUCCCACCUGGCUUCAGGUUUCACCCCACUGAUGAGGAACUAAUCGUGUACUACCUUUGUAACCAAGCCACAUCAAAACCAUGCCCUGCAUCAAUAAUUCCAGAAGUUGAUAUCUAUAAGUUUGAUCCGUGGGAAUUACCUGAGAAAACAGACUUUGGAGAAAAUGAAUGGUAUUUCUUUAGCCCAAGGGAAAGGAAGUACCCAAAUGGAGUGAGGCCUAAUAGAGCAACUGUGUCUGGGUAUUGGAAGGCCACUGGUACUGAUAAAGCAAUCUAUAGUGGCUCUAAGCAUAUUGGGGUGAAGAAAGCUUUGGUCUUUUACAAGGGUAAGCCACCAAAGGGUAUCAAGACAGAUUGGAUUAUGCAUGAGUACAGAUUAAUAGGAUCAAGAAGACAAACCAAUAGACAAAUUGGAUCCAUGAGGCUAGAUGACUGGGUCUUGUGUAGGAUCUACAAGAAGAAGAACAUGGGAAAAUCAUUGGAGGCAAAAGAGGACUACCCAAUAGCACAAAUCAAUCUCACACCACCAAAUAAUGAGACUGAACAAGAAGUGGUGAAAUUUCCAAGGACUAGUUCCCUUACUCAUCUUUUGGAUAUGGAUUACUUGGGUCCAAUAUCACACAUACUAUCUGAUGCAUCAUACACGUCAAGCUUUGAUUUUCAACUUAACACUGCCAAUGGUGGAAUAGACCCUUUCAUAAAGCCACAGCCACUUGAAAUUCCCAAUAACCUUUACGCAGCAGAUUCAGUGAAGUACCAAGUGAAACAGAACAGCACCAUCAACCCCACCAUAUUUGUGAACCAUGUCUAUGAUCAGAGAGGAUAAUACCAAAAAUGAA